UAAACUAGUUACCACACAUGAACACAGAUCACACAUAUUGAUGCAUAUGAACAUUUUCGGGAAUGCUAUUCCCGUAUGACUACAUACAGCUUCAGAUGACUUUCGACAGCAUCAUGGAAAAUGAGCAGAGAACAUGUAAAAAGAGCAAAGAUUUUUAUGGUCUCAAGAUUUCCGACCUGUUGCCCCACCUGGACCGGAAGAAAGAUCCCCCAGGCCAACACCUCCUCCAAAGCCUCUCACGUUCAUCCUCUCUUUCCAAACCAGGGGAUCCAGACAAGCCAAGAGGUGCCCCCAUCGCCCCCCUUCCCAACAGCAUCCAGAGCCUAGCAGUGCAUCAGGCUUGUCAGCACCACCAGCAGACCACCCCUGGCAGCUCUGGCAGAAGCUUUAAGAGAAGCCCGACCUCAUACCUGGCGCAGAACACAGAGGCAUUUUCUAAGGCUUUCACAGAGCUAUUCUUCUUGCCCUAUAUUGCAGCAGGUCGACUGGGCGUGCGGCACUCGGUGUCACCAGCUGCCAUCAGGGACCUGUUCCAGCAGGGGGUGCUCUCGCCACAGUUAUUAAGGGUGCAGGCGGGCACCAAUAAGAACCCCAGCUCACUGUGGCUGGCACUGAAAGAGCCAGAUGCAAACAGUGGCAUGAGUGAACAGUACUUUGAGGAUCUGGAGGACCUCCAGAAGAAGCUGUUCAGCGGCACGCUCCAGCGCUCGGCUUGUCUGCUGAGGCCUCCCCAGGAGCCCAGUGCCCAGCGCCGGACACUCCGCAACAUCUGCCUCAGCGACAGCUCCAUGUGCUGCUCCCCACCACUUGUCUGCAGGAAUCAGAUCUACUACACCUCCUUCUCCAAAUGAAUUACUUACCAUACACCCACUAUUUUAUAAACAAGCUGGCACUCAUGUACUACAGGUGUGUUACAUCCAACAAG